UAACUUUACGCAAUCCAGAGGAACUGAGCGGUCAAACUAUCAGUAACAAUUGGACUACUUUACUGUGGGAAUUCCUGCCUGGGGUUGGAAAUACUUUUUUUGUUUAAGUUACUUUUGGGACAAGCUCAAAUAACUGUCCUUUCGGACUCAGCCGUGAGUCCCGGAGCUUGCGCUUACCUGUGGAGCAAAUGUGUCAAGUGCCAAAAGCAACGGUUUCCGCUCGUGCCGUGUUGUGAUCAUGGAUGUAUGGUUGUGAUGGCUAGCCGUCGUCGCUAGCAGGGUAGCUAGCUGUAUGGCUGGUGUCGGUACUGCUGCAAAGAAGGGGAUAAUUAGCUUGCAAGCGGGCUACGCUCACUCGGCUGCUAGUUUGUUAUAGACAGUUUGCCAUCUCUUAACACUGCUGACAAGGCCGUUUAACGGAUAACGCGUUGGAUAUUACAGUGAGGACGAUCACCAGAUGGAAAUAUGAUGUUUAUACCCAGUGGAUUACUUAUUAUUCCCUUCGAUAUAAUGGAGUAAUUUUCUUCACAACAUCAUGCGCGCCGUCAAAUCAGACCUCCACCACUGCUGCAGAGAUUCCUUACAUUUUGAUUUAUCAAGCGGUUUUUAAAGACCAGCAGCCACGACUGGGUGUGCAGUUUUAUCUUCUUUUCUUUUGUCAAUGUGCUUCCGGUAAAACAUUAACUAUGUAUCUACGUGGGUUGGAUGUGCUCAGAUACCUAUAAACAUUAGCGUGAAUUCGUGCGAAGGAAGCCCAAAGAAGGAAGUCCAGGGCGGGAUAGGUACACAGAAACUACCCGUUCCCAAAGAAACAUGGCCUCGGUUUGGAAGAGACUGCAACGUGUGGGGAAGCAUGCGUCCAAAUUUCAGUUCGUGGCUUCCUAUCAGGAACUGAUGGUGGAAUGCACUAAGAAAUGGCAACCAGACAAAUUGGUGGUGGUUUGGACACGCAGGAGUCGGCGGAAAUCCUCCAAGUCCCACAGCUGGCAGCCUGGCAUCAAAAAUCCCUACAGAGGAGUGGUGGUGUGGCCUGUACCAGAGAACGUUGAGAUCACUGUCACUCUUUUUAAGGACCCCCAUGCAGAGGAGUUUGAAGACAAAGAGUGGACGUUUGUCAUUGAAAAUGAAUCUCCAUCAGGGCGGAGGAAGGCCUUGGCCACCAGCAGUAUAAACAUGAAACAGUACGCGAGUCCAAUGCCCACACAGACAGAUGUCAAACUCAAGUUUAAGCCCCUGUCAAAGAAAGUGGUGUCGGCCACGCUGCAGUUCUCCCUCUCCUGUAUCUUCCUCCGUGAGGGAAAGGCCACUGAUGAGGACAUGCAAAGCCUGGCCAGCCUGAUGAGCAUGAAGCAAGCUGACAUCGGCAACCUGGACGACUUUGAGGAGGAGAAUGAGGAGGACGAGGAGAACAGGGUUAACCAGGAGGAGAAGGCUGCCAAGAUCACAGAGAUAGUAAACCAGUUGAAUGCCCUCAGCUGCUUACAUGGGGAUGAUGAUGAUGAUGGUGGUGUCCUUAAGCGAGCAAGCAAAGCAACCGCUAAGCCUGCCGCUUCCUCCCAAGAGCUGAUCAGCAAGCUGAACUUCCUGGAAGACGAGGAUCAGGAAGCGCCUCCUGCCAUGAGCAACAAUCCCUUUGAUGACCCUGAUGAUGACCUUCAUCCUAACCACCUCAACCCAUUUGAUGAUCCUGACGAGGAAGAGCCCCCUGCCCAGCCGGUCUUAAGGCAGCGGGUUGAUGAUGAUUCCUUUUAUGACCACGACUCCUCGAAUCCGUUCGAUGAGCCAGAUGAACCCGAGAUACAAACAUCCCCAGGGAACCCCUUCGAUGAGCCCGACCAGGACACGGACCUCCAGCCAGACCCAGAACCCCCCAAGCCCAGACAGAGAAAAGGAGUACGGCCUGUUGACAUGAGCAAGUACUUGUAUGCCGACACCUCUCACAAUGAGGAGGAGGAGCUUGACGAAUCCAACCCGUUCUACGAGCCAAGGACAUCGAGCCCUACGCGGCCCCCGGUUGGCGACCCCUCCCUCGAUGUGGGCAACAGCCAGAAGAGGAGGGCUCCCCCGGCCCCAAGUUCCAGCCCUGGCCUCGGCCCUAGUCCGCCAGCUCCUAAACCAAGCUCUGGCCCAGACAGGGAGAAAGCCCAGCCAGUCGGGCCCAGCCCAGUUGCAGCGGUGAUGGGGAGAGAGCUGGCCUCCUCAUCCCCCAAGCCCAGCCCCAUCCCGAGCCCAGUUCUGGGAGGGAAGCCCAACGCCAGCCAGUCUCUCUUGGCCUGGUGCCGCGAGGUCACCAAAAACUACCGCGGGGUGAAGAUCACCAACUUCACCACCUCCUGGAGGAAUGGGCUGGCCUUCUGCGCCCUGCUGCACCACUUCAGACCUGACACAAUAGACUACAAGUCGCUCAAUCCUCAGGAUAUUAAAGAAAACAACAAAAAGGCAUAUGAUGGCUUUGCGAGCCUGGGUAUCUCCCGUCUCCUGGAACCAUCAGACAUGGUGCUGCUGGCCAUUCCUGACAAGCUAACAGUAAUGACCUACCUGUACCAGAUCCGGGCCCACUUCUCCGGUGAGGAACUGAACGUGGUGCAGAUAGAGGCCAACAGCAAUCGCAGCACCUACAAGGUGGGUGACUUUGAAACCGAUACAAACGCCUCCAUAGACCAGGACAAGUUCUAUGCUGAACUCAACGACGUGCAGCACCACCAGGCUAACUCUGAGCCUGUUGCAUCUGCUGAUGGUGAAUCUAAUGGCACUAAAGCCGUUGAGGAAGAGGCGAUGGAGCCGGGUUGGAAGGCUGAUGUAGGAGCGGUCAGCUUGCCAGCAGCAGGGCCUUUACAGUCCUCCCCUCCUGUCCCAUCACCACGCACAGCAUUAGCCGCCUCAACAACAGACUCGACUCAUUUGACACCAUCAACCUCUGAGGACAGGGGGAGUCUGCUCAAAGCCAACACUUUAGACCUUAGCGAGUUACCACAGAGAGUGGAGAGAGAGAUGGAGAAGGAAAGACAGCAGAAGGAUGAGGUGGAAGAGGAAAGAAGGGAGGGAAGUACAGAACCAGGGUCCCCCACCAGGAGAGGGGCCUCCUCCUCCCCACCCCACCAGAAACUGGGCUUCUCCUAUAACAGGGAUGCUGACCUCAUCAAGAAGAAGAGGGCCAACCUGCGUCACUCGGAGUCUGAGCCCGGCUCAGACACCAGCUCCCCUCCAGUCAACCACACAGACACGCCUCCCAAACAGGAGCCAACACCUGCCCCUGUAUCAAGUCCCCCUGCUGAGAAGAGGGUGCUGUCUCGUCAGGAGGAGCUGAAAGAGAGAGCCAGACUCCUCCUGGAGCAGGCCCGCAGAGAUGCUGCAAUGAAGGCCGGCAACAAGAAUGUCCCCAACUCAGCCGCCACUGCACCAAACAGGGCCACAAACGUCUGCGAUGAGCGGGAUGCAGAGCGGCGGAGACAGCUGAGAGAGCGAGCCAGGCAGCUGAUAGCUGAGGCUCGAUCCGGAGUCAAGAUGUCUGACAUGAGCCUGCUGGACGCAUCCGGCACUGAGAGAGGCAAGGGCAGCAAGGCUAGCCCUGCUGGAGAUGUUUUGGAUGGAGUGAGAGGUCAUCAUGAGUAUGAUGCUGUUGAUGGUGAAAGGGGUGAGGAUGAGGAAGAGGGGAGGGCUGAGGAAGAGCAGCUCCAUUUUGGUGGUGGUGAUGAUGAUACUGUUGCUGCUGCCACAUCUGCAUCUGUGAUGGUUACUAACCCACUGCCACUGGAGGCCCCACUUCCAGCCACCUUCAGCACCCAGGGGCCCCUGGAGCUUACUAACCCCAGCUCUGAGCUAACUUCUCUGGGUACAAACAGUAAGAAUGUGGAUCUGAAGCUGAAGAAGCUGGUGGAGGUCAGCCCAAGAAGAGUCCCCUCCCCUUCAUCUCCAUCCUCCACCUCGUCUUCAUCAUCACCCACUACCUCCUCCACCUCCCCACUCAGCCCUGCAGAAGGAUUGGAGAAUAACGCUGAGGAGUUGCGAGCAGAGCGGCUGCGCAGAGCGACAGAGAGGUUGCGUAGCCCGGUGGUCUUCAGCAAGGAUUCUGCAGUCAGGAAAACACAGCUGAAGUCCUUCAGCCAGUAUGUGGAGAGCAGACCAGAGGUGAAGAGACAGAAGUCUGUUCCUGAGGAUCUGAGGAGGGCUGAGGAGGAUAGCGGUUCACCGACAGAGCUCGAUAUUCGCAGACCAUUUGAAGAGGAGAAGGCGUUCAAAGACACCAGUCAGUAUGUGGUUGGGGAGCUGUCUGCACUGGAGAGCGAGCAGAGGCACAUAGACGCCCGAGCAGCUCGCGUGGAGAAGAGGCUGCGCUAUCUCAUGGACACAGGCAACAACAAGGAGGAGGAGGAGGCCAUGAUGCAGGAGUGGUUCAUGUUGGUCAACAAGAAGAACGCACUUAUCAGAAGACAGAACCAGCUCUCUCUGCUGGAGAAAGAGCACGAUCUGGAGAGACGCUUCGAACUGCUGAACAGAGAGCUGAGAGCCAUGCUGGCCAUCGAGGACUGGCAGAAGACGGAGGCCCAGAAGAGACGAGAGCAGCUGCUGCUGGAUGAGUUGGUCAUACUGGUCAACAAACGCGACGCGCUGGUCAGGGACCUGGAUGCCCAGGAGAAACAGGCCGAGGAGGAGGACGAGCACCUGGAGAGGACGCUGGAGCAGAACAAAGGAAAGAUGGCCAAGAAAGAGGAGAAGUGUGUGCUUCAAUGAUGGUCAUUUCAGAAAAACACAACCAACAAAUGUAGCCGAUAAAAGAAAUGUAUCAUUAUUAUUAUUAAUAUUAUUAUUAUUAUUUGAUAGUGGCUUUCCUAGACAUUUCUAUCAGUUAUUGGAAUCCUGAUGUGGUUGUUGAUGUACAGGGCCUCGGCUGAAUUAAGAGGCCUUUGCACCAACUUUAUACUGACUCAAACUGUCCCACUUAUAUACAAUGUUUGUUAUUUUAAUUCUCCUUUGCUUUACCAAGACCGGUACAUGUAUGUAAUUUAAAUGUGUAUGAGACAAGAGACCCUGUCAGCCGGUGUGAUAUUUGCAGCCUUCUCUGUCUGAAUGUGGAGACCAGUCGGUUUGAGGUACAGCACAACUGGGUUUGAUGGGGGGGAUUUUGUUUUUUUGUUUUUUUAUUUUUUAUUUUUUGCAUCUUGUCGAGAAGAUGUUGAUGUUUCAGUUGGACUUUUAAAAGAAAAAAAAAAGAGUCGUUAUAAUAUCAGUCUUUUCAAGCUACUUCAUUACUUGACUGUGUGUCUUUUAAUUAUUUCACUUUAAAGUUUGUACUUGUAAAAUAUCUUAAAGGGGGGAACGCAUUACCGUUCAUAAAUCUUGCAUAAAUCUUAACUUUCCUAUUGCUUUUUUUUAUUGUCUUGGCUUGAAAGCAGUUUACCAAAAGAAAAGAUCGUGUUUAAGAAAAAAAUAAAUCUCAUGUUGUAUAUUUUCAUCACUGCUCUGACUAUAGCUUCCAAAAUCCUCUUUUUUUUUUGUCAGGAUUCAUGCAGUCAAAAACAAAAUAUAUAUAUAUAUAUAUUAUUUAUUGCCGUUUGUCCGUUUAAGCUGCUUGUAAGUGAAUCUACCAUCACAGUUCAUGUGCAUUUUGCUCAACAACUUUUGGUUUCUAUUUAUUGUAUUCUGAAGAAGAGAAAUAUGCUUCCACGUGCAACACUUAGAGCUCCACACCUGGUGCAGUUGUCCUUUACGUGUUGAACAUUUAUCUGUUUAUUUAUUCCAGUGUCAUAACCCAAGUCUUCAAUAAUAAAGUCCUUAUGAUUUCAUACUCCA